UGGACUACCGCUGAGUGCCCGCGAGAUUUGUUUUCGGUAAACACUCCAACCUUGUUUUCGCAAAAUGGCAAUCCUAAAUCAAACUCCAGUGUGCGCAUUGUCUUAUGGCUUUCACGUUCGAGGGUAGUCUGUUUUAGGCAGUAAUGAGUUCUGGAGGAGCCGACCGUUUCUCACUGACUACGGACCAAUAUUUAGAAAAAUACCACGUUAAUACAUAUCUAGAGGACGCUGUAAGUCAAUUGUUGGAACAUAAGGAAGACAAUCCGCGUGUUGUUCCUGCAAGUUUUCUCAGUGAUUAUUUUAGAAGUGUGGUGCAAGGGAACCAUGUGCUGUUCAGAGAGUUUCCAUACAUCAAGACAACUCCACACAACAGAGCAGCCUUCAUCAGAACAUUUUGGAAGGCAUUCCGACACAUAGGGAAAAAUGGAGACCUGCUAACCGUUAGAGAAUACCACUCCUUGAUUUGCCUUCUGUGCCCUGACUUUCCAUUUGAGCCUGUUCAGAAGACUGCCAGGAUUAUCUUGAUGGAUGAUGCAAUGGACUGCCUUAUUUCAUUUGCUGAUUUCCUGUAUGCUUUCCAGAUACAGUUCUACUAUGAAGAGUUUAUAGAAAAGCUUCAGGCAGCAUACCAGGCAAUACAAUCUGGUUCCUACCGCCCUGGACAGGUUGUAGUUGUACCAACACUGUCCCGGCCAAGACAAGCACCUGCCCCCACAGGAGAGGGGGCUGGCACUAAUGGCAUGGACUGUGUUGAUGUACAUACCUUCUUAGAAGCCACUCUACAGAUAGCUCACACCAGCAGCCAUUUGUUCAGUUGUCCAUCAGUCACAGUAGUAAAGCACAUCUUGUCAACCGUUGAGAGGGUCACUUUCUAUGGGUUUUUGAUGGCUCUCUCCAAGCAUGAUGGUGCUAAUAACAACAUUGGAACACCCCCAGAAAAAGCUGCAAGUAUGGAGGAGACUGACCAGGAGUUAAACAGUUCAAACAACAGACCCAAAUCUGCACGGCCAAAGGGUGCUCUCACAAGUAACAGUAAGAAGCUGUGAACGGGCAGAGCAGCAACAGAGGUGUCUACUUCUUUGUAACACUGCGGGAUGCUGUACUAGAUGUCAUGUUGGGUUCACUACAAUUAGAAAGGCUGCUGUAGGUUAAGGAUUGCAUGCUUACAGAGCGUAUGAAAGGUAAAUACAGCAAAUACAUCAAAUAAAUUUCUUGAUGAUACUUCUAAGUGUCUUCAAUGAAAAUAAUGACUCAACCCACUGAUUUUUGUAAUGUUUAAGUUCAUGUCCGUAAACCUUUAAGAUUUGAUAGAUUUGGUCAAUUCUUUAUAUUUUCAUCUUCCAAAGGGUAUGUGGUUAGUAUGGAUAUUAUAAAACGCGCGUUCAUGCGAAUAACUAAAAUCUGCAGUAUUGAGGUAUUAUGGUCAACCUUCGAAAGGCCAUGAACUGAAAAGCUCUGGUCCAGUCAUUUAUGGUGUAGAUCUAGAAAUCAAUAAAAUUACAUGAGAAUA